GGGCGCGGGGGCGGGGCGCGGCGCUCACUGCUGCGGCUUGGGAGAGAGGAGAGGGAGAGGAGAGAGAGAGAGGCCGGGCAGGCGGCGGGCUGGCUGCGCGGCUCUCAACCCGAUUGCCUGACCGGCCGACCGACCCACCCCGGGGGCUGACGACGGCCGGCGGAGGCCCGAGUCGCCGGGAGCCGCGUCGGGCGACGCCGAGAACGAGCGCGUCAGGCUCCGCGGCCGCCACAGUCGGUCGGUGUGCUGAAUGAAGCGCCCGCCCCGCUGAGCCCCGAGCCCGGCGCGUUCCCCGCAAGAUGGACGGUUUCGCCGGCAGCCUCGAUGAUAGCAUUUCUGCUGCAAGUACUUCUGAUGUUCAAGAUCGCCUCUCAGCUCUUGAGUCACGAGUUCAACAACAGGAAGAUGAAAUCACUGUGCUAAAGGCAGCUUUGGCUGAUGUUUUGAGGCGUCUUGCAAUCUCUGAAGAUCAUGUAGCCUCAGUGAAGAAGUCUGUGCCAAAUAAAGGCCAACCAAGCCUUCGAGAAGCUAUUUCCAUGUCCUGUAUAACCAAUGGAAGUGGUAUAAACAGAAAACAGAAUCACACCAGCUCUGUAUCAAUAGCAAGAAAAGAAACUCUUUCAUCUGCUGCUAAAAGUGGUACAGAAAAAAAGAAAGAAAAGCCACAAGGACAGAGAGAAAAAAGAGAGGAGUCUCAUUCUAAUGAUCAGAGCCCACAAAUGCGAGCAUCACCUUCUCCCCAGCCCUCUUCACAGCCUCUCCAAAUAAACAGACAAACUCCAGAGAGCAAGAGCUCCGCUCCCACCAAAAGCAUAAAACGUCCACCAACAGCUGAAAAGUCACAUAACUCAUGGGAAAAUUCAGAUGAUAGUCGUAAUAAAUUAUUGAAAACCGUUUCAACAUCAAAACUAAUAUCAAAGGUUAUAAAAAGUGCAGACAAACAUAAAGAUGUCAUCAUCAAUCAAGCAAAAAUGUCAACCCGUGAAAAAAACAGCCAAGAAGGAGAAUAUAUCAAGAUGUUUAUGCGAGGUCGGCCGAUUACCAUGUUCAUUCCUUCGGAUGUUGACAACUAUGACGACAUCAAAACAGAGUUGCCUCCUGAGAAGCUCAAACUGGAGUGGGCAUACGGUUAUCGAGGAAAGGACUGUCGAGCAAAUGUGUACCUGCUUCCUACGGGGGAGAUAGUUUAUUUCAUUGCAUCAGUAGUGGUACUAUUUAAUUACGAGGAAAGGACUCAGCGACACUACCUGGGUCAUACAGACUGUGUGAAAUGCCUGGCUAUCCAUCCUGACAAGAUUAGGAUCGCGACUGGACAGAUAGCUGGAGUGGACAAGGAUGGAAGGCCUCUGCAACCCCAUGUCAGGGUGUGGGAUUCAGUAAGCCUUUCCACAUUGCAUGUCAUUGGACUUGGAACUUUUGAGCGUGGAGUGGGAUGCCUGGAUUUUUCAAAAGCAGAUUCAGGUGCUCAUUUAUGUGUUAUUGAUGACUCCAAUGAACAUAUGCUUACUGUAUGGGACUGGCAGAAAAAAUCAAAAGUAGCAGAGAUAAAGACGACAAAUGAAGUUGUCCUGGCUGUGGAGUUCCACCCAGCAGACGCAAACGCUCUGAUAACAUGUGGUAAAUCUCAUAUUUUUUUCUGGACCUGGAGUGGCAGUUCACUAACAAGAAAACAGGGAAUUUUUGGGAAAUAUGAAAAACCAAAAUUCGUUCAGUGUUUAGCAUUCUUGGGGAAUGGAGAUGUCCUCACUGGAGACUCAGGUGGAAUCCUGCUUAUCUGGAGCAAAACUACCGUAGAGCCCCCACUUGGGAAAGGACCGAAAGGCGUCUAUCAGAUCAACAGACAAAUCAAAGCUCACGAUGGCAGUGUGUUUACACUUUGUCAGAUGCGAAACGGGAUGCUAUUAACUGGAGGAGGGAAAGACAGAAAAAUAAUUCUGUGGGACCAUGAUCUGAACCCUGAGAGAGAAAUCGAGGUUCCUGAUCAGUACGGCACAAUUAGGGCUGUUGCCGAAGGAAAGGCAGAACAAUUUUUAGUAGGUACAUCACGAAACUUUAUUUUACGGGGAACAUUUAAUGAUGGCUUCCAAAUAGAAGUGCAGGGUCAUACAGAUGAACUCUGGGGCCUCGCAACACAUCCCUUCAAAGACUUGCUCUUGACAUGUGCUCAAGACAGACAGGUGUGCAUGUGGAACUCCGUGGAGCACAGGCUGGAAUGGACCAGGCUUGUGGACGAACCAGGACACUGUGCAGAUUUUCAUCCAAGUGGUACAGUGGUGGCCAUCGGAACACACUCAGGCAGGUGGUUUGUUCUGGAUGCAGAAACAAGAGACCUCGUGUCCAUCCACACUGAUGGGAAUGAGCAGCUCUCCGUGAUGCGCUACUCAGUAGAUGGUACUCUCCUGGCUGUCGGAUCUCAUGACAACUUUAUUUACCUCUACACAGUCUCAGAAAAUGCAAGAAAAUACAGCAGAUAUGGAAAAUGCACUGGACAUUCUAGCUACAUCACACACCUUGACUGGUCCCCAGACAAUAAGCAUAUAAUGUCUAACUCGGGUGACUACGAGAUACUGUACUGGGACAUUGAGAAUGGCUGCAAACUGAUCAGGAACCGGUCAGAUUGUAAGGACAUCGACUGGACAACGUACACCUGUGUGCUAGGCUUCCAAGUCUUUGGGGUCUGGCCAGAAGGAUCCGAUGGGACAGACAUCAACGCACUGGUGCGGUCCCACAAUCGAAGGGUGAUAGCUGUGGCUGAUGAUUUCUGUAAAGUUCAUCUGUUUCAGUAUCCCUGCUCCAAGGCAAAGGCUCCCAGUCACAAGUACAGUGCACACAGCAGCCACGUGACCAAUGUCAGUUUUACUCAUAAUGACAGUCACCUAAUUUCAACUGGUGGGAAAGAUAUGAGCAUCAUUCAGUGGAAGCUUGUGGAAAAGUUGUCUGUACCUCAAAAUGAGGUCAUCGCAGACAGCAGUCUAACCAAAGCCCCUGCCUCUUCCACUGACAACGCCAGGCAGAGUAACCUUCCUUCCCAACCGUUGACUGAGACAGUCGAAGAAGAGAGCAGAAUCCGCAGCUCGCCCACGCUUGUGGAGAACAGCCUGGAGCAGAAUGAGGGGGGCAGCGAAGACCUUGGUGCCGUGAUUGAUGAAGAGCCUGCCAGUGAGUUAGGCGAGAAGCGGGGAGCAGCCGACCUGCCUGAGGACCAGCAAGACACACCACCCCUAUGCUAAAACCCAGGCUCCCGUCCUCCUUCAGCUGCCUGUGGGCGAUGGAGUCAGGUGACACCCAGCAGUGAUGGGGACGCGCUGUGGAUGGAGCUUCGUUUCCCAUGUGAUCCAGUGUUCUUCAGUAGUCUGUGAGACACAGCAAACCAAAGGUGGUUUGGUAGUUGUUGAAAACUUAACCAAACUCAACUGGCAGGAGAUGGUGGACAGGUGAGUGUGGUGAAGAACGCACUCGCCAUGUGUGGUGUGAACACUGGGAAUAGAACCGCAGUUACACCCAUGGAAACAAACUCCUCACCUGAAGGCCAUUGCCUCAGCACAGACGGAGGUAUGGCAAACACCACUGCGUGGCUGCUGGUUCUAACUGCCAGUUUUCCUUGAUGCAGAAAAAGGAAGCAGGAAAGUGAAUCUUCUUGUGACACCGCCCCACUCCAGUCAAACAGGACCUUUUCAGUGAAGGAAAACCCGAGUAUUGCCAAGUGUGGUGGUGCCUUUGCCGUGUCAUACUGCAUUUCCUCACACUACCAGUACAUGUCCCGCUGUGCCCCUGAGGCUACUCUAGGUUACACGAGCAGCAGCCCUCAGGUUCUGUGGACAGUACUGUACCCUAGAAGCAAGCAUUGGUGUGUUGAAGAGCUUUCCGUGUAUAUUAAACCAUGAUUCUGAGAGGCGGUGGGUUCUCCAAGGAACCCUUUACUGGCCUAAACAUGCUCUCACGUUUGGCAUUCAAGGGAAUGGGAAAAAAACCACAUGCCUUUAAAAGAUGAACUGUAAUGAUGACCUGCUACCCUUCGCUAGCCUUCGGCACUCUGUAUCGACACCGUAGUCUAAAUGGUUGAAUUGGUGCUUGAAAUUCAGUUGUCAUUUUCACACUUACCACACCGAGGGGUGUCUUUUUUACGGAAGUGUGAUAGUCACAGUACUGCUUAACAGGCCGCGCCCUCUGCAGAUGUGCUGUCUGCGGGCCUGUCCUCCUGUGAGCCUUGCAGCCCUUGUGUGGUAGCUUUGGUCUGGGCAGUGCACGCACUGGUAGACGUGGGGAAGGGGCUUAGUUCCAGUUGUCAGAGAACUCUUUUUCUUAAGUAUGUCUCCUACUCAAAUGGCUGACAAGUGUGCAUUUCCUAUGUUUGUUUGUACUUGGAUUACAAAAACUGUUUAUUUUUUUUAACUUGCUACAUUGUUUUCAUGCUUUUGUGUUGGAUUAUGUUUAGAAGCUUCCCAAGUGCAGAAGUCUUAAGCUUGCAGCCGUUUCCGCGAUUGUGUACCAUUCCAAAGUGCAUCAGAACUGUCAUUCCCUCCGUCUUCUCAGGAGUAACACACAUCAGGUAGCCAUGGUCGGGAAUAGGCGUGCUCCAGGGGACUCCCAAGGACACUCAUAGUCACACGCUAUGUGGAACGGUGUGUGGGGACAAGUGGAGCCCUGUGUAUCUCUAGAUAAGGUGCACGCAUCAAAUGUUCACAGUGGAAGUCUGUCUAGGUGUAUGUCCAUGUGCUCUCUCUCCUUUGUUUACAACAGUUUUUUAAUUAAGGGAAAAAAACACCUCAAAGUAGCUCUUCCAAAGAAGAGGUUCUAAGCCACCUGACUUUGAGUUGGGUCUGUACCCAGUUAUGAGGGGGCACAGCUUCAGGCAUCUCUGUCAGCAGUGGCGAUGAAAUCAGGUCCUUGCAAUAAGGACACAAGGAAAGGAAAGUACAUUUCUUUCAGUGCCUGGAGGGUGCGGCUCUCCACAAACAGGGACUUUAUUUGGGGACAUCUGUCACCUUUGGGGUUGCCAUGUACAAUGAGAUUUAUAAUCAUGAUACUCUUGGGUGGUAGUUUCCAAAGACACUACUCAUGUGCAGAAAAGCGUGCCAGCCCCUCGUGCUGGCGACUACUGUUUCAUGUCAAUCUGUGAUAGUGGCUGGAAGGGUGUGGGAUUAUGAAAUUGUAAAUGGUUUUUUUUGUUUGUUUUUAAGAAAAACUUGUGAAUGAAAAUGAACCCAAGUGUUUCAUGUUGAAGAUGAGCCAUUUCUAUCAUGCAUUCCGAUGUCAUGGCAGAAAAUUCAAGAUUAAAAAAGAAGAUAAUCAAAACGUU